CAGGUUCCAAAUCAAACCCUCUUCACUCAGCGGGAUACACACACAUACACUCACACACACAUCUGGCUCUCAGCUGUAACCACACGAGGGGAGCGCAAAGAACGGAUUUUAUUUCUGCCGCCUCUCAGGGAAGAAAUGACCAAAGAGAUUGAGGCGCUGAUGAUUUUGCAGAACGAGAAUUUUAACUACCCGCGCUACCCUGACAGUUACCUCAUGGAUUCUUGGAGCUACCUGGACAGUGUCGACAUCAAGACCAAACCCAAGCUGUCCACUGAAGACGACCUCUCCAGCAUCCCCCUUUACUUUGACACUUGCAAGACUCCAAAAGAGCAGAAGAUGACCUCCUGUUCUCGUGCUGGCACUUUGUUCAAACCCCUGGAGAGAACAUCCAACGGUUCCUCCCCUGAGCUGACCACUCUGGAGAACUCCCACAUCAUGAAGCUGCUUUCCGAGAACAUUUCCGCCAGCCAAUCACAAGUCACAAAGCAGGUGUCACCAGGCAACAGCAGCUACAUUCAGACCAUGGCCGGAGACACCUACGACAAGCAGGUCAUCAACAACAUUGUCGAAUCCCUUUUGCUGACAACACAACCAAAACCAUGGCAUUCAGACACCACUUACCCAGACAACAGCAGUGAACAGCCCCUAGGCUACACCAGUGAAUUUGUGGGACACCCCAGCCCCGUUUACUCUGACUCCUACUCCAACUCGCCUCCAGAGAGAUACAGCAGGAAUGAUUUUCAGUUCAUUCUUGGCGCCCCACAAGCCUCCCAGAACAAAAACACUGAGGUGCCCAUGGUCUACCUCAACAAGGGUCAGUUCUACCCCAUCACCCUGCAGGGAGUGGACAGCAGCGCCGGAGUGUCCUGCAGCAAAGUGAAGACUGUAAUCAUGGCAGUGUUUGAGAAUGAUAAGAGUGCGGAGAUGCAGCUGAAGUGUUGGAAUCACUGGCACUCGCGGCAGCCGACGGCUAAGCAGAGGGUCAUCGACAUUGCUGACUAUAAAGAAGUGUUCAGUGGAAUCAGCAAUGUGGAGGAGGUCGCGUUCAAUGCCUUAUCCUUCAUCUGGAACAUUAAUGAAGAAGCUAAGGUGUACAUUGGCAUUAAUUCCCUCAGCACAGACUUUUCCUCUCAGAAAGGCGUGAAGGGUCUCCCUCUGAACUUACAGAUUGACACCUAUGACUUCAGCUCCGGCUCCAACCACCUCAUCCACAGAGCUGCCUGCCAGAUCAAGAUAUUCUGUGAUAAGGGAGCAGAAAGGAAGAUGAGGGAUGAAGAGCGGAAAAGAAUAAAGAGGCGGACCAAAACCAGCGCAGACUCCACUAAUAACAACGCCAGUAAAAUUGUAUCCAGCUCUAUCGGGAAAGAUUGUACCUUCUUUAAAACACUGGACGACCACGUCACUCAGCCUGUGCUGUUCAUCCCCGAAACACACUACAGCAACAUGCAGCGCCUGGCUCCCCCUCUUUCCAGUGUGGAGGAGAACGAGAGGAGCUCGCUGAAGCGCAUGGCCGGCUACGACUCGGGGGAGAGCAGCCCACCAGCCAGCAAACAGCCACGCAGAGAACAACAACAACAACAACAACAACAACAACAGAGAGUGCUGCUGUACGUCAGGCAGGAGACGGAGGAGGUUUUUGACGCCCUCAUGCUCAACUCGCCCACCCUGAAGGGCCUGCAGCAAGCGAUUUCAGAAAAGUAUGGGCUGCAAGAAGACACCAUUGGGAAAAUCUUCAAGAAAUGUAAAAGAGGGAUUUUCGUAAACAUGGAUGACAACAUCAUUGAACAUUACAGCAACCAAUCAGCUUUCCUCAUCGACAUCUCCGAGGUCAUGGUCAAUCACUACCACGUGACAUUAAUGGAGUUAUGAGUGACACUCUGAUACAAGCUCCGCCCCUCCCUCCUGGAUGUGUUCUCCCCCAACCUGCCAAUUAAAAAGCACUGCUGGAUACAGAUUUGACUGGGCCAUCGUUUUGUUGCCAAGGCAACAGUAGAACUCUGCAUCCCAAUGACAUCUUCACAUGUGUACAGUUACAGUUUAUCCUUCGUUGAUCAUAAAUAUUUUAUUGAUUUAUGACUUUUAAUAUGUUGCGAGCAUCAAAAAAUCGGGGCAAAUAGUUUGCGUUGUAAAUAUAAAAUUGUAAAUAGAAAUGAAUAUGGUAAAUGAGAGAAGAGUAUGUUUCAGUGAGCGUGAUUGAUGUAUGUUGUGCUAAUGUUUCAGUGAUAGUCUUGCAAAGUCUGCCUGUUUUAAAUCCCUCAUCAUUUCCGUGGGAGGAGUAAGAAAUACGGUUAUGGUAUUGCUCACGCGUGCUGUUUGUUUGUGUUCGUCAGAUUGUUUGUUGUUUUUAUAAUGCAUGUUAUUUAGCUGCCCAGACACUUUUGGUCAAGACACUGUAGCUUCACACCAGCCUGCCUGUUUCACAAGCCCCCAGAGGCCAGUUUCAGACCCCCAACCGCCGCACAUUUCUGCCUUCAUGUCCUGCGUUUCCAUCAACCCACCAGAUAGUACCACCCGUCACCGUUCCUCGGCUCCUCACAUUUCGUCCUCCCACAUUUAAUUGAGUAAUGAGUCCAAAAGAACCACUAUGAAAAUUUUAUUCUCCCAACCCCCCCUCCCUUUCAAAUUUCGUGGACAUUUGUAUGGAAUUUUGCUUCACCGUAGUUUUAUAACAUUUCAACUGCUUUGAGCUUCUGCUCUGUAUCGCUGAUGUUUUACAUCCUUAUUUCCUUUUGUAUUUCAGCUGAUUUUAUAAAAUAAAAAAAUAAAAGCAAAAAUACAAAAA